GUCAAAAUCGGUGAAAGAGGGGUCCUUGAUUGGUCGGUAUUAGUGGGUCUAUUUCAACACUGGCCAAUCAGGGCCCCGGCUUUCACCGAGAAUGCACAUCUGGGGAUGGUGACGCGUCUCUGAAUCGCUCAAAUCUCACACAAGCAUCUGGCACAUUGGGCAUUUUCACCUUAUCGCCAUCUGACAAGAGCUGCGUGUUACAAUUCGCCCAAGAAGAAGCCAAGGUUCCACCAGAUCCCCGUGACUUACACGGAAAUCAACAUGGAUAUUACCAGGGACUUUGCCCAGAUAGGUCAUGAAAACCCGCGUGUUCCCACUUCCCCAGACCUGGAUGAUGAGCUCUUCGACUCCUUCUUCGACUGGCAGGGUUACUGUGAUUCUACCCGGCCCUCGGACAUCGUUUCCCCCCCCUACUACGGCCGAACGUCCACGAGGGAUCUGAAUAAGCUCAUCACGGAGAUUCCCUCCGUGAUUGAUCAUCUAUCUCUUGAGAGACUAGAGUCAGAGUUCCUAAGGAUGAAGACUUCCUUCUCUCCCGAUGAUGAACAGGCUACCCCGUCUGACUACUCCGGUCAGACGCCACCUGAGCUCAUCCAGGGUGGAAGCACCUCUCCUUCGGACCACUCCGGCUCUAUCUUCCUUGAGAGGGCAGAUGAAUCUCGUCGACGUCCCGAGGCUAGUCUCAGAGAGGUCCAGGCCCAGGAUGAUGAGUGGACCUACCCUCAGACCGUCCCUCACAAGCACGCCACUCGAGGAUACCCACCUCGCCUUCAAGUCCAAGACGAUUCAUCUCGGCGGCCAUUCGACCUAACUUCCAGUCUCAAGCGCCGCCGCUCUGGCAAUACACUGGAAAGGAGACGAGUUGUCUCUGACCCCGACCAGACAGCUGAUGUCCGGAAGAGUGGGGCAUGCCUCCCAUGUCGAGUCUCCAAGACCCGUUGCCAUGAAAGUGGGGUCUGUCCUACAUGUCGGAAAGCGUUCCCAGAGCACUCGCACCUAGUCUGUACCCGUAUGACCCCGGUCAUGGUUUGGCCCGUGAUUGGCAGGGCCCCUGAUGUCUGGUCUGUCAACCCCGCCGAGGAAGAAAGGUUCCGCUUGGAACCUCGAUUUUUUAUCGGCAAGCCUAGAGAAAUUGCGAUUCUCGUCUCUUCGCGGGACGUCAACUCCCCUGCCCUCCGUGCCACCGUCCAGGCCUACCGGUCCCAUGAUGGCACUGAGGAGAAUCCCAGAAAGGCAGCAUUCCCUCGAGAGAGAGUUCCUGGUCACCAUGAGCUUCAGAAGUGGGUCGAGGCCCAGAUCCACCGCGAGAGCAGCAGCUCCCACUUCAAACACUCGCUACAGAGCUUUCUCAUGGCCUACUCUGAGGAAGGCCAUGGUCUCCCCAAGCACGACCUGGUGAGCAAGGUUCACAGAAUGAACUGUUUCUUCAGAAUCUGGAGGACCCAUUCGUUUUCAUGCCUCGACCCAAGCAACAAAUUGGUCACCCUGCCAUUGUCUGUUCAGGCAGAGGUGAGGCACAUUGCACGCAAAGCACUCGAGUCCCUCGAGCACGAUGUUUUCAAGCAGCUGGAUGAAUGCGUGGCACACCAGGGCCCUCCCAAGACCCAGGAAAAGCUGGCUAUUUGGGCGAGCAUGUGGCAGCUGAUGUUGAUGUACCGGGACCUUCUCAAUGCGUUCAAGGCCGACAUCUCCCGCAUGGGUCCUGUCCAUGACCCAGCCGUUGCUCACGCAAAAUCCCUCUAUCAAUGGAUGACCGACAAAGUCUUCCCACUUCUGGCUAUCUUCUACCAUUACCAGUUUAGAACAAAGAAGAGCCUGGAUAUGUCACUGGACUGGCUCAAGUCAUCGACUUAUCCUUCUCGAGCAUGCCAUAGCAAGAGGAUCCGCAAGUUCACCAAGGACAUGAUGAGCUCCAAGAAGGGUUUAUACGAGAACAUUCAACAGUCCAAUGGCGAAAUCGACCACAUGCUUUGCGCGCUGGUUGUCAACCAUGAACUCAAGAAGCUCAGUGCCCGACGACGAACUCCCAAGGGCUCUUCAUCGAAGUCAAGAAGCAGCCAUACAUCUGAUGGUUAUGACGAUGAUGAGUAGGGUUGAAGCGCCAAUUCCAGUCAUUUCGGAUACACAAAAGAAAAUUCAAAUCAAAAAAGAAUGGUAUUGGGCUAUUCGUAUUGGAUAC